AUGAAUGAGGUAGAGACCACACAGCUGCCUCCGAACGCCACCGUCUCCUCCUCCUCCUCCUCAGACACCAUGAACCAGGAGCUGCUACAGAAGCUGCGGCUGCCGGACCUGGAUGAGAUCGGGCAGUACCUGCGCUCCUUCUCGGCGCCCGCUCUGGUCAGCGUGGGUGCGGUCGCCAUGGCCUACUUCCUGGCCACGCGACCCAAGGCCCUCCCCCCGGUGUGCGACCUCCAGAAUCAGUCUGUGCCAGUCCAGGGAGAGGAUUUGGCUCGACGCUCAGUGCUUUCUGUGGGAGACGAACCCAUGACGCACUACUACGAAGACGCCAAAACCAUUUACGAGUUCCUCCACCGGGGGGCGCGCGUCUCCAAUAACGGGCCGUGCUUAGGCUCCAGGAAACCCCAGCAGCCGUACGAAUGGCUGUCCUACCAAGAGGUCAUCCAGAGAAGUGAAAACCUCGGCUCCGCCUUCCUCCACAAAGGACACUCCAAGACUAAUGACCCCUACAUCGGAAUCUUCUCCCAGAACAGGCCAGAGUGGACGCUGACAGAGCUGGCCUGUUACACGUACUCUCUGGUGUCGGUGCCACUUUACGACACGUUGGGAACAGAAGCCAUUUCCUACAUCAUCGACAAAGCCUCCAUCUGCACCAUCGUGUGUGACGUGGAGGAGAAGGUGAAGCUGGUGCUGCAGUGUCUGAGCAACCAAACACACUCAGUGAAAACCAUCGUCCUGAUGCAGUCGCCCAGUGAUGACCUCAUCAACAUGGGACGAGACGCUGACAUCCACAUCCUGAGUCUGCUGCAGAUGGAGGAACUCGGCAAAGCUCAUCGCCAAACGCCCAUGCCUCCGGAGCCCGACGACAUGGCCAUCAUCUGCUUCACCAGUGGAACCACAGGGAAUCCAAAGGGGGCGAUGUUGACUCACUGUAACAUUGUGUCCAACUGCUCUGCGUUCAUCAAAACCACAGAAAGCAUGGCGCCCCUGUCCCACAGAGACACCCACGUGUCGUACCUGCCGCUGGCUCACAUGUUCGAGAGAGUGGUGCAGGGCGUGAUGCUGGUGCACGGAGCCAGGAUCGGGUUCUUCCAGGGAGACAUCCGGCUGCUCAUGGACGACCUGGCCACGCUGAAACCCACCGUGUUCCCUGUGGUCCCCCGACUGCUCAACAGGAUGUACGACAAGAUCUUUGGUCAGGCCAACUCGGGCCUGAAGCGCUGGGUCCUGGGGUUCGCCUACAGGAGGAAAGAGGCGGAUCUACAGAGAGGCGUCGUGAGGAGAGACAGCAUCUGGGACAAACUCAUCUUCAAGAAAGUCCAGGCCAGUAUGGGUGGGUGCGUGCGGCUCAUGCUGACCGGAGCUGCUCCAGUGUCUUCCACGGUCCUCACCUUCAUCAGAGCUGCCAUGGGUUGCCAGUUUUACGAGGGCUACGGUCAAACGGAGUGCACAGCCGGCUGCACCCUCACCAUGCCCGGGGACUGGACUGCAGGUCACGUGGGCGCUCCUCUUCCCUGUAACCUUCUGAAACUCGUGGACGUGACUGAAAUGAACUAUUUAGCGGCGAACGGAGAAGGAGAGGUGUGUGUGAAAGGAGCCAACGUGUUUAAAGGAUAUCUCAAAGACCCGGAGAAAACCAGAGAGACCAUCGACGAGGACGGAUGGGUUCACACCGGAGACAUCGGGAAAUGGCUCCCGAAUGGAACUUUGAAGAUCGUGGACAGAAAGAAGCACAUUUUCAAACUGGCGCAGGGCGAGUACAUCGCUCCAGAGAAGAUCGAGAACAUCUACACACGCAGCGACGCUCUGGCUCAGGUGUAUGUCCACGGAGACAGCCUGCAGGCCUCUUUGGUGGCCGUGGUGGUUCCGGACCAGGACUUCCUGUGUAACUGGACCAAGAGGACUCUGGGACUGAGCGGGACCUUUCUGGAGCUGUGCAGUCGAGCGGAAGUGAAGGCGGCCAUCUUGGAGGACAUGGUUCGACUCGGGAAAGAAGGAGGUCUGAAGUCUUUUGAGCAGGUGAAGGCGAUCCACGUCCACACGGAGCAGUUCUCGGUGGAAAACGGGCUCCUGACUCCGACCAUGAAGGCCAAGAGGAACGAGCUGCGCGGACACUUCAGGGACCACAUCGACUCCCUCUACGCGCAGAUGAGACCGUAA